AUGGCCAAGACAUUAUCGGAGGCGGCUCGCGAGAGGGAAGCCCUCAAAUACGCGACGGUUUUCUGCCACAUCAAGGAGAGCUCAGAGCGAUCGAAACCAGGAACUUCUCUAUCCUCUUUCGAUGCCGGACUCAAUGCCUUUGCCCAGAUUGGCGCGCUGAGGCUUGGCGCCGCCCGCUGCUUAAUCUCCAUCUUCGACCAGGACUACCAGUACGUUAUUGCGGAAGCCACACCCUCGUCCAGCCUUGCAACCAAUACCAGCCAGCCCGAGCACUUUUGGCUGGGAUGCGCUGCGGUUACCCGGUCCUAUACCGGUUGCGACCAUCUCUUGACCGCUGCCAACAACCCUUCGACGGACGAAUCGAAACUCUUAUCAACACCGCUGCCCGUGUCUGUCGUACCCGACAUGACCCAAGACACACGCUAUCUGGCCAAAGAUCAUGUAUUGAGUGCGCCGCACAACCGCUUCUACGCCGGUUCGGCCCUGCGGACCGCCAGGGGCAUAUGUAUUGGCGCAUAUGCCAUCUUUGAUGACAAACCACGAGAUGGCCUCUCCACGCCGGACAUCGAAUUUAUGCAAGUAAUGUCUCGCGCCGUUAUGAGCCACCUAGAGCUGCGCCGCUCUGCCGAGAGUGCUGGGAGGAGUGACCGAAUGGUUCGAGGAAUCGGCAGUUUUGUUGAGGGCAAAUCGACCUUGUCGAACCUCUGGCGAGGCACCAAUGCAGCAGCGUUUGAACAGAGCGGUACGGAGGGAAAGCUCAACAAGAAUCAACAGUUUUUGCAACAGGCGGACACUGACCGGGACCUGGCCAUGCAAGAAAGCGCCUUUGAGUCGUCCCGUAAUCUUUACCAUGGGGCUGAUGUGGCACCCCAUCGCAGCCCCCGGUCGUCAUUGGCAGCAGCAGCGCAUGAGAGGAGCGAGAACGAGUCAUCACCCGCGCCGUUAUCUUCACUGACGGUGAGCGAUCCCAACGGAGUUGUUUCUAGUGGCCAAGACUCUCGCUCUGUGACAGACAAGGCUUCCAAAUCAACUAGAUUUACUCUCCACUCAAACGCGUCAGUUACAAGCGGCGCUGCCAAAUCUUUUGGUGACGAACUACACACAAAGGAGCUAAGGGAAGUAUUUGGAAAGGCGGCCAAUAUCAUCCGAGAAUCAAUUGAGGUGGAAGGUGUUGCCUUUUUAGAUGCCACGAUUGGUACCUUUGGGGGUCUAGUAGCAAGCAAUUCCGACAGUGAAACAACCAGUUCGGAGUCGCAGCCCGAUACGUCUGGAAGCGAGGGACGCGAAGAGAAGGAAGAUCCAGAGCAGAAAUAUUGCCGCAUUGUUGGUUUUUCGACAACCGAUGCAUCAAGUAUUGAUGGAAAGCUCCAUGGCAGCUCCUCAAUUAACGUCCCCCAAAGGUUCUUACGUGCCCUCCUUCGACGAUAUCCUGCUGGCAAGACGUUUACUUUUGAUGGUGUUGGAGAGCUUGUAUCCGGUGACUCAGAGGAGGACCGGCUUCGUGCUUCGGGCCCAACUUCUGGUCACGUCCAGGUGCCCUUGCAGGAGCGCAAACGCAAAGUCACGCAGUCCCGACACUCAGAGAGCGCCAUGCUCACGUCCAUACUCAAUGGGGCUCGUAGCGUCGCAAUGGUUCCACUAUGGGACUCUACGCGAGAGAGAUGGCAUGCGAGUGCCUUUGUGUGGACGAGAAGCCCGGAUCGAAUUUUCUCAGUCGAAAAGGAAGUCAGCUAUCUGAGGGCGUUCGGGUCGACUAUAAUGGCUGAAAUCAAUCGUAUCGAGGCUGCGCAUUCCGAGAAAAUGAAGUCAGAUUUACUAGGCUCUCUUAGCCAUGAACUGAGAUCUCCCCUGCAUGGCGUAUUAGCAGGUAUCGAACUGAUUCAGGACACCGAGCUCGAUGCUUUUCAAGGAGACACACUGCACUCGAUGGAAUCCUGUGGUCGAACUUUGUUGGACGUCAUCGAACAUCUUCUCGACUACAGCAAGAUGAACAGGUUCGUCAACUCGACGAAACCGACCAAAUCGACGCAGUCUCCCAAACGAGCAUCUAAGAAUACUGACAAGACCCUGAAGAAGCAACAACAGUCUUUCGAGUCCCAGAUGGCACCACUAGCAACAGAUGUUGACGUCAGUCUUCUGGUAGAGGAGACUAUUGAGAGCGUUUAUUCUGGAUUCAGUUAUGGCCGUUCUCGCGGAGCGCAGGCUGACCAGGCACUUGCGCCAGGGUCCUUGUACGACCAGAGUUCGUUUGCCUACCAGAACAAUCAAGAUUCACACCGCAUAUCCAACGGUUCCGUGGCUGUAUAUCUCGACAUUGAUGCAAAUGUCACAUGGACACGUCACGUUCAAGCGGGCGGACUCAGGCGCAUUAUGAUGAACAUUCUUGGCAAUUCCAUGAAAUACACAAACAGCGGCUAUAUUUUGGUCCAAUUGACGUUGAUCAAAGUGCCGCUCAGGCGAAAUUACAAGCAGACAAACCUGAAACUCACCGUCACUGAUUCGGGUAAGGGUAUCGACCCAGACUUUCUACGCGACAAGAUCUUCACUCCCUUCAGCCAAGAGGACAAUUUGCAACCAGGGACAGGUCUGGGCCUAAGCCUUAUACACCAAAUCAUUACCCUCCUGAAUGGCACCAUCACAGUGGAAAGCCAGCUGGGGCGCGGAACGAAGAUGGAGGUCAUUCUACCUCUAGCACAAGCGCAAAUGGCGUCCGAAACUUCCGGUAGCUCAGGAACCGACGUUGACUCUCUAAAGGGCUUGAGGGUCAGUCUUCGUGGCUUCAAAACCAGUACAAACACGGAUGGUCUUCCAAAUCACCCCGCCCCUAUAGAGGCUGAACUACUAGCGAACUUGUGCAGAACCUGGCUUGAUCUGGAAAUUAUUCCUGAAGAUUCCGAGGAAAUCCGACCAGACUGCAUUAUAUGCAACGACCAAUACUUUGACCAACUCACCCGAGGCCCGUCUGGAGUUUUGCCUCCCAUUGUGGUAGUGUGUCAAAAUGGAAGCAUCGCACGCGCCCAAUUGGACAAGAGUCGGAAUAGGAGACGAAGUGACUUUUUCGAGUUUAUUUCGCAGCCUAUUGGCCCCCACAAGCUCUCCAAGGCACUGUUGUUGGUCAUGGAACGUUGGAAAGUCUUCUCAGCCUCUCCGGAAGGGACCGCAGAUGUAUUGGCGAUGCUUCAUUCACGGCCCCUCACGAUCGAUCCCGGCAGCAGCCCCAUAGAUCAACAAACUCAUAGGGUGGGUGACUCUCAUGUUGAUCCGACCUUGUCCCUUGAAUCCCUGACCAAGGCUGUGGCCGAGCAGACUAUUGACGAAGUGGACCAUGUCGAUGAAAUACGGCCUGUAACAACACAAAAUACUGGCGAAGGUAGUGAGACAUCCUUGGGCUCAGGAUACGAGCAGGGUACGGAAUUCUUGCUUGUUGAUGACAAUAAAAUCAACUUGAAGAUCCUCUCGGCCUUUAUGAAGAAGAUGAAACGAUCGUACGAGAGCGCAAGCAACGGGCUAGAAGCACUACAAACUUAUUCUGCCUCUCCGGGCCAUUUCCGUUGCAUUCUGAUGGAUAUAUCCAUGCCGGUCAUGGACGGCUUGGAGGCGACAAGGCGCAUUCGGGAAUUCGAGCUCUCGGAAAAGCUACCGCGCUCACUGAUUGUUGCUCUGACUGGAAUGGCAUCCGGAAAAGUACAGCAAGAAGCUUUUGGCAGUGGUGUAGAUUUCUUCUUGCCAAAACCUGUGCGCUUGAAUCAGCUCACAGAGCUUCUCGAUGAUAAGGGGUUGGGAACCAAGACUUAA